AACUUUUAAUCAUAUAUCAUCAUCCUGUCUUUAUCCCAAAAUCUUUCCUUCCCAGAAAAGAUAAACCAACAGAUAAAGCUUCCAUCUUUCUUUCUUCUUUCCAAAACCCUAAUACUAUUUUCUUGAAUUCUUUUCAUUACAAGUAAACCCACCUAAAUUUCAGCGUUUUCAAGAGUUUUUUUUUUUUAUCAUACCCAUCUGCUUAAAUUCAGUUUCUGAUAGAACAGGUGUGAUGUAUGUUGUUGGUGCAUAAAUGAUCGGGUGUUUUACAACGGGACAAUGGCAUUAGUAACCCACCAGGUUCAGGGUUCAUAUGCUGUUCCAAGACCUUUAUCUUUGAAGCGAAACAUUGAAUUAAAUAAAUUCUCAGUAACAUUUCCAGUUCUUAAGAGAACAGAUAUUCUUCUAUUGAAGCAUAGAUCUUGUUUAUGUUUAAAGACGCCUUUAUCAAGAAGGAAAUCAUUGAAGAUAUCAUCUUUCAAAGGUAACGUCCAGAAUGAUGAUACUGGAGGAAGUAAAAAUGGGUCGAAAUCCACUAGGAAUUCGGUCAAGCUUUCCUAUGUGCCACAGGAUCGCAAAGAAGCCUUGGCUGAAUCAUCAAAGGUGAAGAACAGUCAUGCUACUCCUACCUCAUCCAAUAUGGAUGAGACCACUGCAGGAUCUCUAGCCAUACAACACUUGUUUAAAAGCUGGUUGACUUUGUUACGCACUCCAUCUUCACAAUGCCAAAUACCAAAUGAAACAUUGGAGGAGGGUCCGUGUACGAGCGAAAUUGUGGAAACGAACCACAAGAUUCAAAAUAGUGGAAGAAGCAUGCUUUUGAAAGCGGUUUGGCGCGGUUUUCUGAGCUUGGAUCCAGCAAUAAAGAUACCUGCAAUGAUAUUCAUACCCAUGUACCUGGCAGUCAAUAUGAAGUAUGGACCAGAAGUUGCUAAGGAACUGACUCCUUUAUGGAUAUUCGGACCCCUGCUUGUUGCUCUUUACAUCAAGAUUGUUCAAGGGCUAUGCUUGCUCUACAUAUAUAGUUUCAAGCAGUCGGUUAAAGUGGUCAAGAACUUGCCAUUUUAUUAUGAUUACAUUGUUAGUGGAAAGCUCAAAGAAACAAUAUACGUUCGUUUAUGGCAACCUGUGGUGGACUUUAGAAACUUAGGCUAUAAAGGAAUAUGGAAACAUGUUCAAGAAUGGAUCAUCGAUAAGUAUUUGGACUAUAUCGAGUCAAUAUGGCCCCAUUAUUGCAAAUUGAUCAGGUUUCUGAAGAGGGCCAAUUUCAUCUAGGUUCAGAAGAUGGAGUUUUCAUGUUAAUCCACUUUUUAUUCGUGUAAUAUUUUCGCAUAGGGCAGAUUUGAGGCAAGAGGUAGGAAACCCCAUUUUGAACUGGUGUUCAUCUCAGUCUUGAGUUACAAGCAAAAAAAUGAAGUUGGAUUUUGUAUCUUGAAGUACGUUGUAUUGAAGUUUCAUUCUCAGUCUUUGAGAUUAACCAUUUUUUACACAGAUUUUGUUAUGUCAUGGGAUAAUUGUGAAAUUGGUUUCUAUAUGUUGAUUUGAUUAUAGUUUCUUUGAUC